UCCCUUCCCUGGCUGUGUGCCUGUCACUCCCCUCGUCUCCUCAGCCCCAUUCCCUACGAGGAGCUCACCCGCCUGAUUGACGAGGCCAGCGAGAAGAACAUGAGCAUCUCCAUCCUGACCCAGGAAAUCAUGGUCUACCUGGCCAUGUACAUGCGCACCCAGCCCGGCCUCUUCGCCGAGAUGUUCCGGCUGCGCAUUGGGCUCAUCAUCCAGGUGAUGGCCACGGAGCUGGCGCACUCGCUGCACUGCUCAGCUGAGGAGGCCACCGAGAGCUUGAUGAACCUGAGCCCUUCAGACAUGAAGAGUCUCCUGCACCACAUCUUCUCGGGCAAGGAGUUCGGGGUGGCUGCCGCCUCUCUUCCAGGGAGGGCUGCUGAGGAGGCCACCGAGAGCUUGAUGAACCUGAGCCCUUCAGACAUGAAGAGUCUCCUGCACCACAUCUUCUCGGGCAAGGAGUUCGGGGUGGAGAAGAGUGCAGCUGGAUAG